GUUCCUAAUGGCAGCCCGAAGCUGAGCGUGGAUAAUGAGAGUCGGCUCCCGGGUGGCCUCGGAGAUGCUGAGUAUGUAUUAGGAUAGAAGAGGCUGGAAGUCGGACCCUCCCUGGGUGAUUGGGCGGUGCCGGACGGGAGGUGUUUGUUUUAUCACCAUGGGAGCCCGGAGCGGAGCUGGAAGGUCCUCUGGCUUGGUUUUAUGAUUUCUGUAGAUAUGUCUCUGGACCUCUCCAUUACGGGACAUCGUACCUCAUUUCCUCCAAGAAAGACUAGAAGUGCGUAUAGAUUUAAAGCUUCGAAUUCCUUUGUGGAUGAGACCCUCUUUGGCAGCUUUGGGGGCAAAGUAGAUCCAGCCCUUCAGUGGACCACAGGUUCUCCAGGUCAGGUAUCACUUUCAUGGCGCCCAGAAGAGGAAAAGGAGCCUAAAGGUCAUACCAUUAGCAGGACUAGCUGCACCCCACCAGGGACACCCCGAAAGAAAACAUAUUACAGGGUAACGAGCCGCUCACCUUCAUAUUGUGAUGAGUCACUGUUUGGACCAAAGGUGGAAGAAUGUGGCUGGGAAGCACCAUGGGUAAAGAAAGAAGAUACCGUCAGGAUUCGUCCCCUACUCUGGAGCCCGCCUCCAGUAGUAUGGCCACAGAACUCCAAGCCAAAUACCAAACAAAUUCCACUCAAAGCUAUACAUCCUCAUGACAAUGAAAGCAGAUCUUUAGAGACACAGAAGAUGAAAGGAAACUUCUGGAAACCACCAGACAGUGACUCUGACUCUGGAGGAUGCCCCUCUGCGGCUGGUCCCUCACCCAGUGCAAGGGGUCGCUGUAGCUCAUCUGAAAAGAACACUGUUCGAUCUGCAAGCUGCUCAGGAAGACAAACUGCUAGGAGAGGUUCAAUCACAGAACGACCACCGUGGAAAUGAUGUUAAUCUUAUAUUUAAAGCAGAGUUUAGGAAUGGUAGAGAAAAAUAUUCCCCAAUCCUCUCAUCAAUUUUUCAAUCAAAAAAAGCGCUCUCCCGCGGGGGGGUUACCUUGCGGGCUUGCGCCUGUUUCCAGCAGGCUUCACUUCCUGGUUCCCUACUGUGCAUU